GCAGCGCAUUCCCCGCCCCGGGGUCCGUCCAGCGGUUGGAAAGAAGCACGUCGGCUUGAGCCAACUCUGGGGACCAGCCCUCUCCAUGGCCUGGUGAACUGCCUGAAGGAAAUACCCGUCCCCAGCGCCUGUCUGUCCAGCCUGGCCGGAGCCGAGGCAGCACCGAUGAGAGCAUGGCCUGGAGAGGACGUCGGUGCUGAGAGCUCGCCGCUGCGGGGCCUGGAGAACUGCCUGAAGGACAUCCCCGUCACCCAGCCGCGCCAGGCCCACCUGCCGGUCUGCCUCCCCUGCGGCAGCCCCUCGCAGCGGCCUCCCGGGAUGGCGUGGAGGUCACUGGGAGACGACCUCGGUGCCGAGACCUCCCCGCUCCAGGGCCUGGAGAACUGUCUGAAGGAAAUCCCCGUGGCUGUCCACAGCCGAUGCGUCACACCUGCCAGCAGAUCCUCGGUAGGCAGCACGCCGGAGGGACACAGGGGGCCUGAGCUGGCCACGCGGCCCCUGAAAGCUGAAGUUAAGAUCGAAGCUCUUCCGGAGAGUUCCCGUCUCCACGGCCCGGGGAUCUCUGAGAAAGAAGUGCCCCAUUAUCCCAGCAAGCUGGCUUCCUGCAGUGUGGAAGGAGACCUGGGGCUGAGGCCAGCGGAUGCUGGAGCCUGGCACUCGUACGUGGACGCAGGAGCAGCCACGGAGGACACGCCACCGCUCCGGGGCCUGGAGAACUGCCUCAAGGACAUCCCUGUGCCCCGGCCCAGAUGUCCCAAUGCAGCAGCUAGCCCCUUACGAGCCAGCCUGGCCCAGGCGGACGUGGAGCAGCGGAGGGCAGCGCCGUGGCCCUGGGGAGCGAGUGCGGGAGCAGCAGGGGAUGAGUGUCCCCUGCUCCGUGGCCUGAUAAGCAGCUGGACGGAGGUGCCUGUCUGCAGACCCAGCACCUCCAGCACCGCCUCCGCCGGCAGCACCGAGACAGAGCCCGACCCACGGAGCCCCGGGAUCGGGACGUGGAGUCGGUGCCAUGACGGCGCCAGCUCCCAGAGCUCCCCUCCGCAGGGGCUGCAGAACUGCCUGAGGGACCUCGCCGCCCCCGUGGGCUGCACCGCCAGCCCCCCGGAUGCGAACGGGUCGGCCGGCGGUGGGGUGCAGACGAAGCCGAAGCCCUGGCUGUGCACGCUGGAUGCUGCAGACACAGCCCCCAAGCACUCCCCCCUGCAUGGCCUGGAAAACUGUCUCAGGGACCUUGUGAGCGAGGGACGUUUUGGCUCCAGCAAGGGUGACGUGCCGGAGCCCGAGACGUGGGCUCCGCAGGAAGAGAUCGGGUACGUGAUGGCAGCCGGCAGCCCCUGCCCUGGCCAGGAGGGCCCUCCCACUGCCAGCCUCGCACGCCGUGAGACACCAUCCAGCCCUGCGCAGGGGGAAGAGGAUACCUCCGCGAGGGGCACAGUGGCUCGGGGGGGGGGGGAGGCAGCUGCAAGCAAUGGCCCGAAGAGCUGGGUGGAGGACAGUGCUGUGCACAGCCCCCAUUGCUCCAGCACGGAGGACCAGGAGCUGAGAAGGUUGGAGCUGGGAGCCAGGAGAUGCCGCGGAGGAGAAGCGACGAGGGAGACCUCCCCACUCCACAGCUUGCUGGGCUGUCUCAAGGAGAUCCGCACCGCGGGGCCAUCUCCCUCCCACGCACCAGACAGCAGCUCAUCUGCUCACAGCACCCGGUGCAACGGGGCCCAGGAGAGAAUGGGCAGCAGGGCCGGGACCCCGUCUGGCGAGGUCCUUCCAUCAGAAGAGGGCCCUGCGGACGCCCCUCGCUACAGCUCAGCAGCCUGUGCCGAGAGACCACCUGGAAAUGAAGCCGGUUGCUCUGAUGUGCAAUGCGGCACGUCCGCCGGCAGUGCUCAGGUCCGCGGGUGUCUCAGGAGACCGGAGAAGGGCUCGAAGAGACCGCAUCCUGCAGCCCAGGGGGAUGCUGCUCGGCCCCCGAGGUCCAGCUCCCGCGGUCCUGAUGCCUCUGAGCAGCAGACAGAGGCAGAGUGGGACACGUCCCCCAAGAAGCAGUGCCCCACUGCAGCCCCCGCCCCAACCCCCAGCGAGUCCUGCAGCUGCGAGAGCCACACGCCGCGGGUCUUCCAGGUGGAAACCGGUCACUUCCAAGCCGUCCUCUCGGAGAAGCUGGACCGAAUCUCCGAGGAUGUCGCCACCCUCUGCAGGGACGUCUCGAGCAUGCGGCGCCGCAUGGCGCGGCUGGAGCAGGAGGCGCGGGGCUGGGCCCGGGAGGCCACCGCCCUCCGGAAAGGCAGCCAGGGCCUGAGCAAGACCAUCGGGCGGCUGGAGCACCGCUGUCGCGCGCUGGAGACCCGCGCCCGGCGCAACAACCUGAGGCUGCUGGGGCUGCCUGAGGGCACGGAGGGUGGGGACGCCAUUGCCUUCCUACAGACGGCCUUGCCCGGGAUGCUGGGGCUGCCCACUGAUGCCCCGGCCCUGGAGAUCGAGAGCGCGCGCCGCGUGCCUGGGGGGACGCGCUGCGACCCCGCUGCCACCGCCCGGCCCCGGGCGCUCGUGUUCCGGCUGCUGCGCUUGGCGGACAAGGCGGCCGUCCUGCGGGCAGUGAGGAAGCGCGUGGAGCCGCUGGUCUGGGGCAGCACACGGGUGGCCAUCUUCCCCGACGUCUGUCCCAAGCUGUCCCGGAGGAGGAGAGCCCGGCACACGGCUGGCGGGCGCAUCUGGCGGGCGGCAGAGCUCCGCGUCGGCCCUCGGCCCUCCGGCUGCCCACGAGGACGGAGGGAGCUGCUGCCUGGCCCCCCGGCGGGCACCUGGGACAGAGAGGAGAGGGAGGGCAGGGGCCCGUCUGGGCACUGAAUGCGGACUCAGCCUCACUCGCUCAGCUUAGCCCCGCUUUGACGGGUGCCUCUGCUCUGCGGGGAGAUGGCAGGCCUGGCCGGCAGGGCUUGGGGCACACCAAUCCCAGCGUUUUAGCCUGCCGCCAGCGCUCCGAUUCCCAGGUGCCUGGGCUUUGCCCCCGCAGCUCAAAGCCCCCUGCCACGUGCUCUCAGCAGCUUGGACACGGCAGUCUUGGGGUUAUCAGGCAGAUCGUGGCACUUGUGUGCCGAUUUCUCAUUCGUGAGCUGCUCUGGGGGUGGCUGUGAGUGCUGGUCUCGCCCUGGGGGUCGUGUCUGUCACCCUGACAAGCCCCCUUGUCCGCUGUCUCCUGUGUAGAUCUCCACAGCUGCAUUUUUCCACCAUGGACCCGUGACUUGGCUGCAAUCCCCGACAGGGCCGCGGGGCCUCUCGUCUGCUCUGGGCAGGCGGCAGCGCCGCAGGGCAGCGCCUGGAGCCUUUGGAGGAGAAGGGGCUUAACCUCACACCUGCCUUUCAGCCUCCCUUCCCCCUACCCCGUCUUGCACCUUACUGCACCCAGCCCUGCUCUUACGCACGUCAUCCCAGGGCACACUCGGACUCCGCGCCCCUGCUCCUCCCCGGCCGUGCCCCGCGCUCUCCCGGGGGUUGCAGGUGUGGCUCCUCUGCAAGGAGCAUGCAGCAGCGGGGAGUGGGGCUGUGCAUCCUCAGGGAUCUCCGUGUCCGCGCUCUGUCCUGCUGGUGCCGGUGGCUGUCACUGCUCCCCCACGCUCUCCGCACCUUGCAUUGUUCAGCCACAUUAAACCUUGGUU